GAGGGGACAGAGGGGGCGGGGAGGGUAUCGCAGGCGCCGCGGAGCCGCUGCUCGGCGCGCUCUGCUCGAAGAUGGCGGCUCCCACCGUCAGCAAGGCAGCCUCCCUGGGCUGCAACAACAAGCCUGCCUUCCCGGAGCUGGAUUUCAGGUCGGGAGCCCGGGUGGAGGAAUUGAAUAAACUCAUCCAAGAAUUCACCAAGCACGACCAGCGGGAAUACGACGACCAGAGAGCGCUGGAGAUCCACACCGCCAAGGAUUUCAUCUUUUCCAUGCUGGGAAUGGUGCAAAAACUGGACCAAAAACUUCCGGUGGCUAAUGAGUACCUGUUGCUCUCUGGAGGAGUCCGGGAAGGUGUGGUGGAUCUUGACUUAGACGAGUUGAAUGUCUAUGCCCGGGGCACGGACUAUGACAUGGACUUUACCCUUCUGGUGCCAGCCCUGAAGCUGCAUGACCGUAAUCAGCCUGUGACUCUCGACAUGCGCCACUCAGCCUUGUGCCACUCCUGGCUGAGCCUGAGGCUCUUCGAUGAGGGGACAAUCAGCAAGUGGAAAGACUGCUGCACCAUUGUCGACCAUAUCAAUGGUGCCACCAACUACUUCUUCUCCCCCACCAAAGUGGCUGACUGGUUCUACGACUCCAUCAGCAUCGUCCUCUCAGAGGUCCAGAAGAAGCCCCAGCGAGGGAUGCCAAAGGUGGAAAAGGUGGAGAAGAACGGGACCAUUAUCUCCAUCAUCCUGGGGGUGGGGAGCAGUCGCAUGUUGUACGAUAUCGUCCCCGUGGUGUCUUUCAAAGGCUGGCCCGCAGUGGCCCAGAGCUGGCUUAUGGAGAACCACUUUUGGGACGGGAAGAUUACGGAGGAGGAGGUCAUCAGUGGGUUUUACCUGGUCCCCGCUUGCUCCUACAAGGGUAAGAAGGACAAUGAGUGGCGGCUGUCCUUUGCCCGGAGCGAGGUGCAGCUGAAGAAGUGCAUCUCCGGCAGUCUCAUGCAGGCCUACCAGGCCUGCAAAGCCAUCAUCAUUAAACUGCUGUCCCGGCCCAAGGCGAUUAGUCCCUAUCACCUGCGGAGCAUGAUGCUCUGGGCCUGUGACAGACUUCCUGCUAACUACUUGGCUCAAGAAGACUAUGCAGCCCACUUUUUGCUGGGCCUCAUUGAUGACCUGCAGCACUGCCUGGUCAACAAGAUGUGCCCCAAUUACUUCAUCCCUCAGUGCAACAUGCUGGAGCACCUGUCGGAGGAGACGGUCGUGCUCCACGCCCGGAAGCUGUCCUCUGUGCGCUCAGACCCUGCAGAGCACUUGCGCACGGCCAUCGAGCACGUCAAGGCGGCCAACCGACUGACCCUGGAGCUGCAGCGGCGAGGGAGCACCACCAGCAUCCCCUCCCCACAGUCCGAUGGAGGGGACCCCAACCAGCCUGAUGACCGCUUGGCCAAAAAACUGCAGCAGCUGGUGACUGAGAAUCCGGGGAAGUCCAUCUCGGUCUUCAUUAAUCCCGAUGACGUCACCAGGCCCCAUUUCAGAAUUGAUGAUAAAUUUUUCUGAGUGUUUUGCUGAUUUUAUUUGUCCCCUUCCCGGUUCUAAAACUCUCCUAUAUAGUGUGGUUGGUGAUUCUGUCUUUCCGUUUUUUACAUAUCCAGCUUCGAUUGGAUUUGUUAAGAACAAAUUUUAAAUUUUCUGGUUCUAAAGGAUAGUGCAGGCCCUGAAACAGUAUAUUACUAUUUCAUAUUCUGCCUCUGGUUUUGCUGUUUAUGUUUUUUAGUUCUCAUCAUGUAAUUUUGUUUGUUCUGUUUUUGCGUUGUUUGUUUAAAGGAGAACUUGAGCCCUAGAUGGAAAUGCCCAUGAAUCUUCUUGCUUUUUUUCUUUCAUACUCUGUGCAAAUUUGUUAAUGGAUCUUAGGAAACAAAUCUCUUUCUGAUACUUAAGGUUCUAUUAUAUUUUUGUUUUGCUUCUGUCUUUAUUUUUCUAAUGACUUUUCAUAACUAUGGAUAUUUGCUAAUUAUAAGUACCUGGGAACUACCUGGCAUGUUGGUUGAAUUUCUUUCUUUCUGACCAUGGUCCAGAAUAGCUUCCCACUUUUUCCACCAAACAAUGUAAACUUUGAAAGUAAUGCUACAAAUUGUGUUUUGGAGCAGCUUCAUUGAAUGUAAUUGUGCUUGAAUCAGCAAAUAUUGGAGGGUUUGGAGGGUGUGUUUGGUAGCUUCCCGAACAGAGUUAAGGUUUCCAAAUGUUAGUUUUAGAGUAUAUAAUUAUUUGAAGCCUUAUUUAAAUCCUAUUAAAGAACAUACCAUUAUAAUUGUUAUUUGCACUAAUGAAAUCUUUGCCAUUGUCAGAACUGUGAUGUGUGUUUCGGUAUAAAUUAACCUUCACUCUUGAAACACUCUCGUCUUUUCAGUUAACCCGUUUCUCUCAGUCAGUAGAAUACUUUUUUGCAUUUGUUUAGUUCUCCUUUAAUUGUGGGGUCCUGUUUUGCCCUCUUUGAUAUUCCUGGUGUCGAUCUCACUGAGAGAAGUUUUUAAAGCUUUAUAUCUGUCUAUGGACUCUAUCUAAAGCUGAGAAAGAUAUAUACUUGAUAAAGUAGGUGUCUUUGUAUUUAUUUCUUUUGGGGUUCUAGAGAUAAAUUUUUUUUUGGUACUGGGGAUCGAACUCGGGACCUUGCGCUUGUGAGGCAGGUGCCGGAACCACUGAGCUAAAUCUCUGGCCCGAGAUAAGCUUUUUAAUAAAGGCUCUUUACUUCUCCUGAGCUUUUGAGGAUAACUGGCAGGAAAAAAUUAUUAUCCCCAAAUAAAAGAUACCAUGGCUGCUCAAAUGCAGGGUUUACUUCAGAGCAAGAACCAGGAAAUUUCUGUGGGUGGCACCAUUGGAAUAAAACCAUCCUGUCUUCAUGGAUGAAAAUUACCAGGUUUAGGUACUGCAAGGCAUUGGCUCCAUGUUUUGGUAUGGACUCGAGGCAAAUGUGGUGAUCAAGGGGUCAAGGGGCCUGCCGAUCUCCCAAAGGACGCCCAUGAUAUCUGCUAAUGGGGAAGUCAACCAAUAUAUUGGUUUUAUUCUUGAAUGUCAGGGUCAGAGCUGUGGGAUUAUGGCCAUUGAAAUCAGGCAUAUGUGGUCUUGGAUUUUUGCAUGGGAAUUAAUGUAAUGCUUAUAAAAUGAAAAUGAAACCAUUCAACAAUCUUAAGUCAGACACAAAGAUAAUAAUAAAAAAGAAACAUACUGGCCUUGAAA